AUGUUACGGAGUAGAUUUUAAGGACCAGUUUUCCUCCUCCAAGUGUCAUUCCCCAUCGCCAACUUGGUAUUUUUAGGAGAAUUAAUUUGAGCUUUGGGACAAUGGUGUGGAUCACUGCUAUUACGAGAUAAUGUGGUUUCAUUUUCUUCACUUGUAGAUUUUUGGCAAUUUUAAUAGUUCACUGUUACAAACUGACAAGUUACAAAAUUAAGUAGUACAUAAUCAUACUUUGUUUACUACAUACUAGAUGUCAUAACCUUAGCGUCACACACACAAGGCCUUCUUAUUCACGGUUGCUAGGUAGGCAUUAAGGUAACUGACCGAAAGUCUCAAAAGGGAAGUUAGAAGCUGGGUAACGAGCGGCACUUACAGAAAGCAACUGGAGGAAAGUGGGUCUUCGUCAUCUGUGACUAGAACUGGGAAGAGAAUAGUUUUUGUCUAUAACGAAGUAAGCAGUCGCAAUUGUUAUAGUGAUACAUCUAAACAGCACUGAUCUAAUUUUAUUGGAUUGCGUUUUUUGAAUGUUUUUGUACGUUUACCGCUUCUUGAUAACCUAUGACAACUAGCUAAUUGCCGAGGUCUGACACGUUGUAUUGCAGUAGCUACCUGUCGAUACAGUUAUUAAUAUAGUAACGUUAGCCGGUCGCCUUUUGAUGUGUGUUGCUGUGUUAGCAAGCCAGCCGACAAAACAACCAUGUAGCUCGCUAACACAGGUCGCUUCAUGCAACACGGGACCUCGGGAGAUUCGCAGUAGCAAACGGGCACAUUUGUCUUUGUUCCAAUUGCAAUGGUGAAGGAAACAGGAUUUUAUGACAUGCUUGGUGUCAGGCCCAGUGCAACUGCGGAGGAGUUGAAGAAAGCCUACAGGAAGUUAGCACUGAAGUACCACCCUGACAAGAACCCAACAGAAGGAGGAAGGUUCAAGCAGAUCUCACAGGCAUAUGAAGUCCUUUCAGACACUCGGAAGAGAGAGGUGUAUGACCGCGGGGGAGAGAAAGCCAUCAAAGAUGGUGGCACUGGAGGGGGCGGGGGCUUCACCUCUCCCAUGGACAUCUUUGACAUGUUUUUUGGAGGAGGUGGAAGAAUGCACCGAGAGAGGAAAGGGAAGAACAUGGUCCAUACGCUAAGUGUGUCCCUGGAGGAGCUUUAUAACGGAGCCACCAGGAAGCUCUCCCUCCAGAAGAACAUCAUCUGUGACCGAUGCCAGGGGCGCGGGGGCAGGAAGGGGGCGGUGGAGGUGUGUCAAUGCUGCCAGGGUACAGGGGUACAGGUACAGCUCCACCAGCUCAUGGGACACGUAGUGCAGCAGGUGUCCACCCUCUGCAUAGCCUGCCAUGGCCAGGGGCUGCGCAUCAGCCAAAAGGACAAGUGUAAGGCCUGCAGGGCCCGGAAGAUCUUGCGCCAGACCAAGACUCUGGAGGUCCACAUCGACAGAGGAAUGAAAGAUGGACAGAAGAUAGUCUUCCAUGGAGAGGGUGACCAGGAGCCUGGACUGGAGCCAGGGGAUGUCAUUAUUGUCCUGGACCAGAAAGCACACCCCAUUUUCACCCGGAAGGGUGAAAAUUUGAUCAUGACCAUGGAACUUCAGUUAGUGGAGGCGCUGUGUGGCUUUCGGAAGCCACUUCAGACUCUGGACAGCAGAACUCUCCUCAUCACCUCACAUCCAGGAGAGUUAAUAAAGCCUGGUACCAAGAAGUGUGUCCUAAAUGAGGGAAUGCCCCUCUAUCGCCGGCCAUUUGAGAAGGGCCGUCUCAUCAUCGUCUUCACGGUGGUAUUUCCUGAGGAGAACUUCCUGUCCCCGAACAAGCUGAAGGAGCUGGAGCGCUACCUCCCAGGUAAGGUGGAGGACGAAGACUCGGAGAGAAUGGACGAUGGCCUCUACUUCUACACAGACCUGGAGGACUGCGAGUUGCCACGCGAAAGCCAUCUCUUCGAAAACAAGGAGGACACAGACUACCACUCGGGAGGUGGCAUUCAGUGCCAAACGUCCUAGAGCACUGGGAUACAUCAAUCAGGGCUCUGCUCUGAAACGAGAACCCAGGCAUUUUGGAAGCUGCAGAUGUGAUGACAGAGAUCUCACUGACAGACAAAGAAGUAGGUGUCCCUUCCAUUACUGCACAUCCUGGUUUAGGUGGCGAAUUGGGAAAAGGAUGCUGCCAAAGUGGAUGAGAUGUGCAUUUCCUGUUUGUGAGUCAGAAGACUCGCCCGUGUGAUCAUUUCAUGUGAAGGUUGAGGUGAAGUUAUGUUUUGGGGGUUGAGGAGUGACAGGAAAACAGAGGGGAUGGCUUUUCAUUUCAAGGGUGUCAAUAUGGCACAGGAUAAAGUAAAGGAAGCACAUUUUCUGAAUCCUGCAUCAUCCUUUAGGCUAUAUUAUAUUACAAAAAACAGAAUCAGUGGAAUUAUUGGGCAGUGGAAAAAUGUAGGUUUUGAUGAUCUUAUGAAAUGGUACAUAGAGCAUCACGAUACAUUUUUGCAUCUGCUGCUUGUAUAUUUUUAACUUUGCCUUUUAUUCAAAUCUGAAAUGUUAAUCUCCUGUACGAACUAGAUUAACUGAUAUAAAAAGUAUGCUGUUGGUAGUCCUUAAUUUAAAACCAAUUGUACCCAAGGAAGUUUGUGCCAAAUGCUAAUUUUAACCAAGAGGACGUGAAAUCCACUGAUUUUAAAUAUUGAUUUUUGCGUGUAAAAGCUAUUAAGCUUUACACCAACUCAGCUGCACAUAGGCAGAAAAAGAAGCAGGGUUUUUUAUUUUUAUAUUUCCCACUUAUCCCAUGAUUGUGUUUAGUCACCGAGAGUGGAAAAAACCUUACAAUUAUGUCAAUCCCCAUUUUAAAAUCUUGAUAUAAAAGAUUUGCCCACAAAAAAUAUAUUGCCUGGCGAAUGUGAGAAAAUGUACAUAAAGGGUGUGGUUCAGUUGUACUGACAGCAGUUAUUUAUGCAUUACCAGUACAUGUGGGAGGGAAGAUGGGCACGGAUAUGAACAAGAGCUCAGUGUUCUUCCUGUGACACACAGGAAGUAAAUGAGAGUCCAGUGGUUGGAACUGCAGCAAGCCUUUAUUGAAGCACUCAAGUGUAAAAUUCUGUGGCAGAGCGGCCCACAAAAAAAGUCUACCAGUUUCAUCUCUUCUGGAAGCUUCCUUACACACAAAUGCUAACUUUCAAAAAUUGUUUUUUUUCUUGCUUUGCCUUGUUGGUCAAUGUCCUUUUACUCUCUCAGCCCUUAUUCUAGAAUAUUCAAACAAUAAUGCUGCUAAGAAAAUCCAAACACUUCAUCCCCCUGUCUGCAUAAAUACUUUCUGAAUGCAUGCAAUCCCAAGAUGUUCCAAUGGGAGGUGCCAGUGAUUGAAAACACAGGAAGUGUCACAACAGCAGAACUAGGAGCAUUCACCAAACACCAUGGUUUUGGAUUCAUCCAGAUAUUGAAAACCAUGCAAAUGUGAUAAUAAACAAGUGAUGAGAGCUUCAGUUCACUGCAAUCAUGAAGUGUCAUAAAUUACACUGCCAGUUAUUACUAUGACAUCACUGACAAGCCUUUGACCAAAAAACAAUCCCAUUUCUCUUAAUUAAAAAACAAGGCCAUUUAGUAGUAACCUUAAAUGUGUGGUUCCUGAAACGCAAACCACAAUAACUGUGCAUACUCGGAUGCAUGAAGGGAGGUAAUUAGUGACAUUAAGGCAAGAAAACUCAACAAAGUUUGAGCAGCUAAAAAUAUAUACUGGGUAAUACACUACCAUUUAGAUUCUACAGACCAAAAUUUGAAGAAAAAAAUGUACAUUAUAGAACAGAAUCAGGCUUGUCCAAAAAUAUUUUUGUCUUUGACUCUAAUGUACAAAGGGUCCUUAACAAUGUAUAUACUGGAAGAGGUAUGUACUGUACUAAUCCAACUCCACAAAUAACCAUGCAUUACAAAAAA